AUGCACCAGGCCCAUGCUGACUGUCCACAGGCAAUCUUCAUUGCUUCUGGCUUUCAGCAAGAUACAGAAAACGGCAUAAAGCUAUUUCCAGAAAAUGGAGGAACUCCAGGUGUAAGCUGUAAGCUUUUUAAUGCUGGAUAUAUUGUUACAGAGUGUGAAUAUAUUGGAAAAAGUGAUAUAGAAAGGAUUACAAAUAUCCCACCCAAUGUGAAGUUGAAAUUAAAAGAAUAUCUGUUCCCCGAACACUUAGAAUAUGUGGAGUUAAUACAUAAUUCUGGCUCUAGUAAUGCAACAGUGAGGACUCUUAAGCCACUGGAUGUUGAUUCUAUUGAGAGUGGCCAUCUCUUUUAUGCUGUUGUUUGCCAAAGGAGUGGAAUGAUUAAUGAGAUAGAGAAUGCACGGGACUUAGCCUUAGAAGACGUAAAUGACAACUCUCCACAAUUUCUACAAACUCACUAUAGCACUUCAGUAUCAGAGGUAUCUGCCAUAAAUUUCACAGUUAUAAAAGUGGAAGCUGUGGAUAAAGAUUUUUCACCUUUCUUCAGCAUCAUUACUUACAGUCUUCGGGGUCCAAACUCCGAUUACUUUUAUAUAAGGGAAGGAGAUGGAAACAUCAUGGUGAAUAAAACAUUGGAUUACAACAAGAUCAGCCUUUUCAAUUUAACAGUCCAAGCAAAGGAAAAAUUUGGAAACAACAGCGAUACUGCAUCGUUACUAAUUAAUGUACAAGAUUAUGAUACAUUGAACCCUUAUUUCAGUCAAUCAGUGUACAAUGGAAAAAUCAGCGAAAACCAGUUGGGUCCUCUGGCUAUUCUCCCAGAGAAGAUCUUGGCUAAAGAUGGAGACACAGGUAUAAAUGAAAAAGUAGUUUACAGCAUCAAACUAGUGAACCCCCCGGCCUAUAGCAACACCUUUUCAAUCAAUGCAGACACUGGAGUGUUGGAAGUAGAGACUGCAGUUGACAGAGAAGAAUGUCCGUAUCUUGUCGUGGGCAUUCAGGCAGCUCAGCAAGACAAUAUUUUCAAAACAGCUGAUGCAGUAGUGCUGGUUACUAUUGAAGAUGUGAAUGACAAUCAUCCAGUUUUGUCACAAUCAAGUUACAAUGUCUCAAUUCUAGAAAAUUUCCCAAAUGGGGUGGAAGUUCUUCAAGUAACAGCUGUUGACAAAGAUGAGGUUGCUGCUGAUGAUCCGGAUGAUGGUAUAAAUGGCGAGAUCAACUUUAUCUUAGCUGGUGGCAACGAAGAUGGAUACUUUGAAUUGGAUACAUCCACAGGACAAAUCAGUUUAAAAACAGUAAUCCCAUUAGGAAUCAACCAGGUUAAGAACUUUGUCCUGUGGAUAACAGCUAUUGAUGGUGGGACGAUUCCAAGAAGUUCAUCAGUGCCAGUACAAAUCUUUGCAGUUGGAGAUUCCAGACCACAGUUUAUUCAGAAAACAUAUAAUGUGUCUGUGGAAGAAGAGCUAGUCAGUCCUGUUGAAGUAGCAAGAGUAGAGUAUGAGUCUUUAAAUCCCCAUAUACCAGUUACGUUUCAAGUACUGACGGAAUCUGCUACAUUUGGCAUCGAUGUCAAUGGAAUCAUCUCGACAAAAACCAAACUGGACUAUGAAUCCCAGAAGAAUUAUACACUGAAUAUUUCCUUGUCAGAUGGAAAUGCUACUGACUAUGCUUCAGUGUUUAUCAAAGUUACAGAUGUCAAUGAUAACCGUCCUGUGUUGGACAUAACCAGCACUACCGUUACCAUUCCGGAGAAUGUUCCAGCUGGAACUAGUAUUACCAGUGUGUCAGCUACGGAUGUGGAUGAGGGUUUUAAUGGAUUAGUGGUUUAUACUCUGAAAGGUGGAGAAGGAAAAAUGGAUAUUGACGCUUCAGGAUUAAUUUUGCUGGGAAAGAAAUUGGACAGAGAAACACAAGGCUUCUAUAACUUAACAGUGAUUGCCAGUGACCAAGGCCAACCUGUGCUGUCUACAGCUCUCAAUUUGACAGUCAUCAUUGAUGAUGUGAAUGACAACCCUCCAGUCUUCUCAUCAAGUAGAUAUGAAGUGAGUGUCCCUGAAGACGAGGUGCUUGGAAGGGCACUGCUGACAGUAUCUGCUAUGGAUUUGGAUGCUGGGGCCAAUGCUCUUGUGAAGUACAGAAUUGUUAGCCAGCAACCUCCAACCUCCUCGCCGGUGUUUCUUGUCAAUUUGACCACAGGCCAGCUCAGCCUGAGCCAGCAGCUGGAUUAUGAAACCAUAAAGCAAUUUAAAGUUGAAGUGGAGGCAUCGGAUGGAGGGCAGCCAAGUCUCAGUGCUAAAACACUUGUUGUUGUGCAUGUACUAGAUGUCAACGAUAACCCACCAGAAUUUAAUCAGGCAGCUUAUCAUAUAUUUGUGUUUGAAAACCUACAAAAGGGUAGUCCUAUCUACACAUUCAGUGUUACUGACAAGGACGAGGUAUGGGCAGUUGAUGCUGAAACGAAUGGGCUUAAUUCAAGUGCCUUGUUCCACGUCACUGUUCUGGAUGCCAACGAUAAUAACCCUGAGUUUCAGAUGCAGCCAUACAGUUUUGAGAUUCUGGAAGCAGAUUACGUGUUGGGUGCUCCUGCUAGAGUUGGACGUGUGACUGCUACUGAUUUGGAUGAGGGAGAGAAUGCACGAAUUACUUACUACUUAUCAGCUGAGGACGGGGAUAAUCCAUAUAGCGUCCAACAGGAUGGAACCAUUUUGGUUAAUGGCCACGUAGACCGAGAAACUAAAGAGAAGUAUGAGCUGCUGUUGGUGGCAUCUGAUAAUGGAGUACCUCAAAGGCAGAAUUUCACAUAUGUCAGCAUUCAAGUAUUAGAUGUGAAUGAUAACCCUCCUCAGUUUACGAAAGCACAAUACUCGGCCAGUGUACGUGUAGCAACAGCAAAAGAAGGAGUAUCUGUACUAUCCGUGUCUGCUACUGACCUCGACGUUGGGAACAAUUCUGUUAUUUCGUACAGCCUCAUGAACCAUUCUGAUGAUUUCCGUAUAAAUAACCGCACUGGUGAAAUCACCCUCAGCAGUAACUUGGACCAUAUCACAGCUGACACAGUUGUUACACUGAUAGUUAUUGCUGCUGAUCAUGGAGUUCCUCAGCUUACAUCAAAUGUCUCUGUUACUCUCUACUUGCUGGUAAACGACACUAGCUUCGGGCUGACUUUCGACAGCUCCAGCUAUGAGUUCAGCAUUCAGGAAGAUGAACCAGCUGGGACUGCUGUUGGCUCUGUGAAGGCUCUGACUGGAAACAUAGCCGUACAAGUAGCGUACUCGCUGAAAUCUCACAGGGACAAGUUCUCUGUCAGUGACCGAGGAGACAUUGUGGCUCUUGACAUGCUAGAUCGAGAAGAAGAAAACCUAUACAGCAUCAUUGUAGAAGCUGUUGAUUCUGAGGUGCCACCCAAUACAGCUGUUACUUUGGUAACUGUGAGAGUAAAUGACAUCAAUGACAAUCCUCCAGUUUUCUCAACAUCGAUUCAAACUGAACUAUCAGCUCCUGAGAAUGCAGCUAGUCUAGACUUGGGCGUAUUUUCUGCUACUGAUCUGGAUAUAGGAGUUAAUGCACUUCUAAGCUACUCUCUGCAAGACGAUUUUGCUGGAAUGUUCCAUAUUAACAGUUCUACUGGCAAGCUGAUGACAAAAAAAUCCUUAGACAGAGAGAUGAUGGACAGUUAUGAAUUGAAAAUAAUAGCCACUGAUUCUGGCAAACCAUCGCAAUCUGCAAGCUUAGUUCUAAGCAUCACUGUAGAAGAUGUGAAUGACAACCCACCAGUGUUCCCCCAGAAAUUGUACUCCGUGACUGUAAAAGAGAAUGAGCCUCCACAUGUGAUUUUGAGUGCAGCAGCCACAGAUGAAGAUAUAGGGUACAAUGCCAUUAUUCAUUACACCAUAAUUGGAGAGACUGCUUCAUUUCGUGUUGGAGAACUUUCUGGAAAUAUUACAACUCUUCAACCUCUGGACUAUGAAAGUCGUUCCCAGUAUACGUUUAUUCUGAAAGCUUUCAAUCCUGGAGAGCCAUAUCUCCAGGACACAGCAAACAUUACAGUUACCGUGGAAGAUGCUAAUGAAGAAGGACCCGUAUUUGACAAGCCCUCAUAUUUCCAGAUCCUUCUAGACAAUUCUACAGCUGGCACGCUGGUAGUAGAUAUCAAUGCAAGAGAUGAAAGCAAGGGUUAUGAUGAAGGCAUUUUCUACAAUAUUUCAGGUGGAAACUCAGAAGGCCUCUUUAGUCUUUCCAGUACCACAGGAGUACUCACGUUAACAAAAGACUUAUCCAAACAGACUGUUCCCCUGUAUUACUCCUUGACGGUCACCGCUACGGAUUUGGGUCUGCCACCUCUUACAACUUCUGUAAAGGUGUCAAUAACGAUAGCUCCCAUCACCAUUUCGUUCCCGGUGUUCUCUGAAGCAGCCUAUCAGCCUGCCCCUCUGAGUGAGAAGACGCCGCCUGAUACAUUUGUUGUACAGAUCAGCGUGUUGUAUAAGGUCCCUGUGAUAUACAGUAUUGUAUCUGGAGAUGGAAAGGGGUAUUUCAUUAUCGAUCCAUCCACUGGUAUUGUAAGAACAAGGAAGAAUUUGAAACUGGAAGACUUUCCAGUUACUUUCAACGUGAGAGCAACAGAUUCGUCUAAUCCUAGCAUAUUUAAUGAUGUUUCUGUGAAUGUGGAAGUUAUUGAUGAAAAUGAUUUCCCUCCGGUUUUCCCAUCUUCUCUACUAGAAAAAAGAUUGGAAGAGAAUUCACCCGCUACUCAGAUCAUCCAGCUGAAAGCUCAGGAUAGCGAUACAGGAAGAAAUGGUUUCCUAACAUAUGGCAUUCUCAGUGGAGACGGACUAAAAUUCAGGAUAGAUGAAGCAACUGGAAUUCUUUAUUCCACUGCCUCCUUUGAUUAUGAAGAGGAACGUACAGAGUAUCAGGUUGUGGUAUAUGCUGAGGAUGAUGGAAUCCCGGAGAAGAAAAGAGGUUACUGCACAGUUGUCAUAAAGAUCACUGAUGUUAAUGACUGGCCGCCUGUCUUUGAUCCAGUGGCUGAAUUCAGUGUAAAUGAAAACGCGCCUGUGGGAUUCAUAGUUGGAAAACUCACAGCAACGGACAGAGACACAGGAGACAAUGCCUUUGUUCUGUAUAGCCUUACAGGUGGUGGAGGAAAUAUAUUUGAAAUAGAUGAAAUACAUGGCAACAUCAAGAUAAAGAACUCUCCAGACUAUGAAACCAUGAAUAAAUACAGCCUUACCGUGAAUGCGGUCAACAAUAAAUCUGCCCCUUUCCAUCAGGCAACUACUCAUGUCACUGUUCUAGUGACUGACGUGAAUGAUAAUGCUCCAGUAUUCGCUCAGAAUUCCUAUUCCGCUUCUAUAAACAUGAUUAAUCCUGUAGGUUCUCAUGUCAUAACUGUGAGCGCUACCGACAAAGAUCAGGGGCAAAAUGGCCUUAUUGGGUACUACAUCCUCCCUGAUCAAAACUUCAGCCCAUUCUUCCUGAUAGAAGAUACGAGUGAGGGGAAAAUAAUUACAACUGGAAACCUGUCUAGAUCUGGAGAGAUCCAUUUAACAGUGAUGGCUAAGGACAAAGGCUCUCCAUCUUUAAAUGACACUGCUGUGAUUACUCUUAACGUGUUUGACAACCGUCCAUUUGUUCCACGGUUUAACGAGAGCAAAAUCAGCAUUUCCAUUUUGGAAAACACAGGAGUGGAUUAUUUAAUUUACGCUUUUACUGUGGUUGAAACUUUAGGAAAACCAAUUGAUUAUGCAGUUGUAUCUGGCAAUGAAAAAGGUCAUUUUAGAUUGGACCCGAAAAGUGGUCAGCUGAGAACAGCAAUUAAUUUGAACUAUGAGGAAGUUUCUCAGUAUGUGAUUUUAAUUGAAGCAAAUGACAAUCUCUCAUCUGCCGCAGAAGCCCAGCAUUCAGGUCUGUUUGCUCAAAACGUGGUGAUGCUGACAAUCUCAGUGCAGGAUAUAAAUGAAGAGCCAGCGUUUUCGAAUAACGCCUACUCUGCUAGGAUACCGAACUCCGUGCCAUACAAGUACCCGGUUACUACGGUUCAGGCCACAGAUCCAGAUUCAGGAGACAACGGACUUCUGCUGUACAGCUUAGUGAAUAAUCAAGCGAGCGAAUUUGACAUCGAUGAAAAUACAGGGCAGAUUUUUACAGUUUCUGUAGCAGGAAAGGCUGGGACAUUUUAUCUGGAAGUCCAAGCUGAAGACCAAGGCACAAGAAGACUCACAGCCCGGACAACAGUCAACGUAACUGUUGAUCCCAGUUCCAGUAACAACAUUGUGGUGGUGGUACUUAAUCAGAAGAUCAAUGUUGUUGAAAGAAACAUUGCUGCAGUAAAAAGGGUCCUGGAAGGUAAACUUGCAUGGAAUGUAUACAUCAUUGAUGUUUAUUCCAGUGAGUUUGAAAGAAAAGCAAGAAGCAGCACUGAUGUAACCCAUGUAAAAAUUACUGCUUUUGAUGAGGCAAACCAGGAAGUAUCUGCAGAAGAUGUAAAAAGAAAACUUAGGGAGCAGAAGAGUAACAUUGAGAUAGAACUGGAGAAAAUAUUUUCAACGCCUGUUACUGCUGCCAUAGAAGAGGCUCCUGCAGACUCGGCAACUCCUGAACUCGUUGCAACGAUCGUGCUCGGUGUUCUGCUAGCCUGCACCCUCGUAGCCUUCCUGGUCUAUGUGCUUUUUACCAUAAAAAGGAAAAGAAAGUGUGACGAACAGCCUUUGGUUACGAAGCAGGCUGAAAUUAUGGAGGGUAUUGACCAAACUGGAAGUCUGAAAAGCUUAGAGACACUAAAGCACACGAAUAAUGUGAAAACUGAUGUAAUAGCGUUUGGCAACAUGGAAGACACCGACGGAGGUGGUGCUGACAAAGACGUAAAUCAGGCCGAUGAAAAAUGCCGUUACCUUGAGACGCUACUGUUAGAUUGCAACAGUGACCAUGAAGAACAUGUAGCAUCUGAAAAAGCCGCUGAGCCUAGAUAUGUAGAUGCCCAGCCCACUGCAGAAUUCACAACAAAACAGGAUUGCUUUCCGACAGACACAAAUCCGGAGUCGGCUCUUUCCUUAACACCUGAUCCCGCAAUGGCUGCCCCUGAAAAAGAAAUAAAAGGAGUAAAAUUUUCAGAAGUGGCAAUUAUUUUGGAUGCGGAGCCUGAAGAUGAUGAGCCUAACGAGCGCGGUGGCUGGGGAGCCCUGCGUGUCUCCACCCGUGGCCCCAGCUUCCGCGGGAAGACGGGCAUUGACAGGGGCCGCCUUCGAGUUUACCGUGGGCCGUGCGACGCGGGCUCUGCUGAUCGGCUCUGCGGGAUCGGGAGCGAUCGCUUCGGAAACGUAUCAGCACAGUGUUCCUCGUUUCGCUUUGCAAGAAGUAAAUACUUCCGUUGUGGUGGGAUAUGUCUUGCUUACGACAGCGUGCCUGAACUGCUGCUGUUUCCUGGCGCGGACGAAUUACAGCUUGUGUGCUUAGCGCGCGUGGAUAGCGGGAAACGGGAGAAACGGAGAAGCUGCAGUUCUCGUGACUUUUUUUCCCUGGCUUGGCUGACUGGGGACUUCAACGUUUACUUCGAAGCUGAGACCAGUGCUUGUGUUGGAACAGAUUUGGAACGGAGGUCUGCUCCCACAAUCACAGGAGACUUGGAGAAGUACCGUUAUUAG